UGCAACUUAAGCCAAGCGGCUCCCCCCAGGUCCAGAAGUAAACGCCGCGGGGUUGAAGCUGACAGUCCCGGCUUCUGCAUUUGGCAACAAGGCUGCAGUGCAGUGCUGAGAUUAGCAGCAACCAUGUUUCAGAGAUGAGAAGAAUGUGACCGCCACUAAGGAAGCCAUCAUGGGUCCCACACAACUUGCUGCACACAAUCAUGGGAAAAAGACAAGUGUGUUUGAGAUGGAGGAGAAAAGGUUUACUCUUUUCUGUGGGUCAGAGAUCACCCCUGAGCACCCAGAAAAUCCUCCCCUGAAAAGGAAGAAGGGGCCUGCCCCCAAGAUGCUUGGAAAUGAGGUGUGCAGUGUCUGUGGAGACAAGGCCUCAGGCUUCCACUACAAUGUUCUGAGCUGCGAGGGCUGCAAGGGCUUUUUCCGCCGCAGUGUCAUCAAGGGUGCCCAGUAUGCCUGCAAAAAUGGCGGCCGGUGUGAGAUGGAUAUGUACAUGCGUCGAAAGUGCCAGCAGUGCCGGUUACGCAAGUGCCAAGAGGCAGGCAUGCGAGAACAAUGUGUUCUUUCUGAAGAGCAGCUCCAACUGAAGAAACUUAAGAAGCAGGAGGAUGAUCAGGCCCGGAUGGUGGUUGUGCGGCAGAACCCACCAUCUCCUCCCAGCAUCCCUCCCAAAAUGACGCCUCAGCAGCUUAACAUGAUAGAAAAGCUUGUGGCAGCUCAGCAGCAGUGCAACCAACGCUCCUUCACAGACAGGCUCAAAGUAACGCCGUGGCCUCAAAUUUCAGAUCCCCAUAAUCGUGAAGCACGACAACAGCGCUUUGCUCAUUUUACAGAGCUUGCAAUAAUUUCUGUACAGGAGAUUGUGGACUUUGCUAAGCAGCUGCCGGGUUUCCUGGAGCUUACCCGGGAAGAUCAGAUAGCUCUUCUAAAGAUGUCUACAAUAGAGGUGAUGCUGUUGGAGACGUCUCGGCGCUACAAUCCAGAAACAGAAAGCAUCACUUUUUUGAAGGACCUGAAUUAUAAUCGGGAUGACUUUGCCAAAGCAGGCCUACAGUUUGAGUUCAUUAACCCCAUCUUUGAAUUUUCAAAAGGAAUGAAUGAACUACAGCUGAGUGAUGCCGAAUAUGCACUUUUAAUUGCUAUCAGCAUUUUUUCUGCAGACCGACCAAAUGUUCAGGACCAGCCCCUUGUGGAAAGGCUGCAGCAUACCUAUGUAGAGGCCCUUCAUUCUUACAUUUGUAUCCACAGACCAAUUGAUCAUCUAAUGUUCCCACGGAUGCUAAUGAAACUGGUCAGUCUUCGGACUCUAAGUAGUGUCCAUUCAGAACAGGUGUUUGCUCUUCGUCUACAAGACAAGAAGUUGCCACCACUCUUAUCAGAGAUAUGGGAUGUCAAUGAAUGACAGCACUCUCCCAGGGCACUGACCCACUAAAGUAACCCCCAUUGCUCACCUUGUGCUAACAGGAAGUCGUUCUCUCCUCUCCAAAGCACUUAGGCAGUGCAGAAGGCUGGGGGCCUGUGGUUUCUUCUAUCUGGUAAAACAAAUCAGAAGGCAAAUAAGAUGGACUAUUUUGGUCUUACAGAAACAGGACAAACAACAGAAACACCUCAACAUGGUAGAGAUGAAGAAUCCUCCUUAAUAAUUCCUCUGGUGCCUUUCCUCUUCCAUGCGCCUGUGCUAUGAUGUUGACCUGGCCUGCCAUCCAGGCAUACAAAGAGGCUUCUGCGGGGUUUCAAAGGCAUGGCCCCCUGCGUAUCCAGUUCAUGGAAGAACUUUAAAGUUCCUCUGGAAUGAAUGUACUUAAUCUA